UCCAAUUAUAACAAAUGGUAUUGGAAUACCUUUAUAUAGGCAUAAACAACUGAGGAUUCCUAUGGCUAUGGGAAUUAAAAGACCCUUACUACAUGAAUUUAUUAUCAAAUGCACUAUUGCACUUAAUAUAAAUCCAACUGCAACUGCUGCUAUUCCUUAUAAUACUGCUCUUAUAGUUCUUAAUCCUCUAUAUUUCUUCCAAUAAGGCAAUAUUCCAAAUAUUGUAAAGAAUCCAGGAAGAAACAUAAAUAUUUCUGCCAAAAUAGCCAUUGGAAUACCUCCUAUUAAGGCUCCUAUAUAUAUAGCAAUAUUGAACAUAGGGCCAGGCAUACAAGAUACCAAAGCAAAAGCAUUCCAAAACUGUUCAGUAGUCAAAUAAUUUGAUAAAGAAAAUUAAAUCAUAGGUAAAACUACAUGACCUCCUCCAAUAACUAGACUUCCAGUUUUGAAUAAAUUA